AUGGACAUCCUCGGUCCCUUCCCUACUGCGGUGGCCCAAAAGAAGUUCCUCUUGGUGGCAGUGGACUACUUCACCAAAUGGGUGGAAGCCAAGGCACUAGCACGCAUUAUUGAGCACAAUGCCCAAAAAUUUUUCUGGCAAGAGUGUGCCCACAAGCUCGAAAAGGCCUUAUUUCUAGUGGGAGAGAUUGGAGGGAAUGACUAUAACUAUGCAUUCUUUCAAGGAAAAACAAUAAGAGAGAUUCAGAGUUAUGUGCCUUAUAUCCUCCAGAAAAUCAAGGAUGCUGCUAGAAAAGUGAUAGAUCUUGGGGCACGAACAGUGAUCGUUCCAGGCAAUUUCCCAAUAGGAUGCAUGCCAAUUUAUCUCACAGCUUUUAGAAGUGAUGACCCAGCAGCUUAUGAUGAACUCAAGUGCCUGAAAGGCUUGAAUAACUUGGUAAUGUUUCACAAUGAUAACCUCCAAAGAGCACUGAAACAGCUGAGGAAGGAGUACCGUGAUGUCACUAUUGUAUAUGCUGACUACUACACUGUCCUUCAGUGGGUACUGAGCCAUGCUCCUUCUCUUGGAUUUGAAGAGAAAUCUCUACAGAAAGCCUGCUGUGGAACUGGAGGUGACUACAACUUYGAUCUGASUAAGAUGUGUGGAGCUCCUGGGGUUCCAGUUUGUCCUGACCCAGAAACACACGUGAGUUGGGAUGGCAUCCAUUUGACAGAGAAAGCUUACAAGCAUAUGGCAGAUUUCCUUAUGCACAGCAUAAUGCCAGAAAUCCAGUGUGUUAUUUGAAUCAGUUUUGGUGCAAUAGUCACAAAGCUUGAUUAGAAAGAGAUUACUAAUUCAAUUGUUUGGAACCUCAUUUUGGGUCUAGUGUUUUACCCUUCUUGUUUUCUUUCUUUUUUMUCUCUCUCUUCUUAAUCUUGUAAGGUAACCAUUAAAMUUUUAUGAAAUUWGUGUAAAGAGUGAUGRGAAGCAUUAAACAAGUUCUUAAGUCAGUCCUGAAACCAUUCCUGUUUCUGAGUGCAAUUCAAUUGGUUUGUUAGUUUAACCACUGAACCUGUUUUAAACUGUUGGUCCCAGUCCUGCUGGUUUUUAAAAGCACUGGUGRUAAUAUAUGCUAAACUCUUGGCUCACAGACUUGCGCAUGGUAAUUGUGAGUUGUGAC